AUGAACAUCUUCGUCGUCAUUGUAAUUUCUCGAUUACCCGGCCGAAAUUGGUGGUGUCGGACAUGUGGUGGAAAUCGACGAAUGCGCGUGGACGAAACGGAAAUACAAUCGUGGACGGGUGGUACAAAACCAGUGGAUCGUCGUGAUGCUGGUACACUGUUGCUCAUUAUACAACAGUAUGUCAAACCAGUUCUAUCACCAAACAUACAUACACAAAUGGUAACCAAAUUACUUGAAUUUCAUCGUAAUGUAGAUGAGAAGACUGACGAAGGCAUAAUUCGAGCUAAUGGAGAAUCACCUAGAAAUGGAAAAUAUGUUUCAAGGCUGUAUAUCGCAGCUGUUUAG